AUAGUAUACUAUUGAAUCAAAAUAUUAAUUUUACUUAUAAUCCGCUUUCUGAUCAAGAUACAAACCUUUCUAUUAAUAUGCGAGAUACUAAUAAUCUGCUGUCUGAUCAAGAUAUAAAUCUUCCCGAUAACUUACUACCGGAUCAAGAUACAAACUUUUCAGAAAAUCUACUGUUAAAUCAAGAAACUGACCUUCCUGAUAAUAUAUCUAAUCAGGAGAAUGAAUGUGAAGAAUUACCAGAAAAUGAAGAUAUACAAGAAUUGGUAAUUUAUGUUGGAUUGUUAUUUGAAAAUUGGGGACAU